UGAGAUGAACGGCCAUCUGAGGACAACCGUGCUGGGAGCCAGACAGUAUACGCACACCACGGAAAAAAACUGUGUAUGUGUGUGUGUCCCUAGACUGCUCCGCCAACCGCUGUUGUACCGCAGAAAAGCGGACACCUUGCACACAAACCCUCCUGAGUUGAAAUGAGCAGCGUCACUCUGAAAUAACCGACUGUCGCCGCAACAAAAUAGCGGCUUCACAACGGCGACUCGUUUUUCGGCUCCCGAGGGUUGCCACAGUGGAUCAUCUGCCUUCAUCUCACCCUGUUCCUAACAUCCUCAUCUGUCACAACAACACUCUCCAUGUUCUACAAGAACUUUGUCUGUUGUCUUCCUCAUCUCCUCCUGCCUGGCAGCUCCAUGUCCAAGAUCCUUUGUCCAGUAUAUCCACUGUGCUUCCCCUGCACAUGUCCAAGCCAUGCCAGCUUUGUUUUGCAUUUGUCUCCAAAUCGCUCAACCUGAGGUGUCCUUAUGAUGUACUCCUUUCUAGUCGCGUCCAUCCUGGUCAGUCCCAGUGAAAAUCUAGCGUAUUCAGCUCAUGUCUUUUUCGUGUCAGCAUCUCCAAACUAUAUACCAUAGCAUCUCGUAAAACUUCCUUUUCACUCUUGUUGCUAUCUUUAUCUCAAAAUUACUCUUGAAACUUCUCUCUGUCCAUUCCAAACUGCCUGCACUCCUUUCUUUACCUCCCUUGUACACUGUACAUUGCUUUGGAUGGUUAAUCUCAGGUAUUUAACCUCUACCUCUAACCAUCUACCUUCACUUCAUCUGCUUCUUGCAGCUUCACUGUUUCCACAAAGCAGUUUCCUUCUCAUUCACACACAUGCAUUCUGUUUUGUUUGUACUGACUUUCCAUCUGCAGAGCAUACCUCCACUUGUCCAGGCUCACUACAGAUCAUGUCAUCUGGAAACGUAUUGUUCCACGGAGACUCCUGCCUGACCUGUCCGUCGUUAUCAUUACAAACAAGAAAGGGCUCAGAGCUGAUCCCUAAUGUAAUCCGACCCCCCAUCUUGACUCUAAUUAUCACACCUCAUGGCAGCUCUGCACACCCUUGUUCCAGAAAACCAUAACAGCCUAGUCGACAACCUUUGUUUUGAAAGUUUUGCUACCGGAACUACUUUUGCCUUGCUCAUUGGUGCUUGCUGAGAGAGAGAAAAGAAAGCAAAGGGAUUCAGGCGGUUGAAAUGGAGAGCGAAGGGACUGGGAGGGUGAGUGAAAAUGUUCAAGAGACAUGGCGUGGCAGCAUGACACAAUAAAGGGGACCUCGGUUCACCAAAAGGAGUCCUCGGAAUAACAGAAUCGGGGAGGCGGAGGACUCGAUCUGACUGUCUAGAGGAUUUUCAUCUCGUUUUGCUUUGGUCUUACCUCGUUUAACCCAAUCAGUGGGCACACAACGUUUCAGCUGAGCAGUAUCUGCAGAGAGAAGUCUGUGGCUAACAACCAAGUCUGACAGGAUACAAGAUACUCAGUAUGAGUCGAGAUGGUUGGAUGAGGAAAAGAGCCAAUGCCAGCGAUGACAAUGGUUGGGGCGAAAGGGGUGGCUACAUGGCCGCCAAAGUUUCUAAGCUGGACGAGCAGUUUAGACUUGACGCCCCCAGAGAAAAGCAAAAAGAAGGAGCGUGCUCCAGCAUCUUCACCGGAGUGGCUAUUUAUGUCAACGGAUACACAGAUCCCAGUGCAGAUGAACUACGCAGACUGAUGAUGCUGCAUGGGGGUCAGUUUCAUGUCUACUAUUCACGCUCCAAAACCACCCACAUCAUCGCCACUAACUUGCCUAACAGCAAAAUUCAGGAGCUCAAAGGGGAGAAGGUCAUCAGGCCAGAGUGGAUCACUGACAGUAUCAAAGCUGGGCACCUCCUGCCAUAUCUACAGUACCAGCUGUAUGGCAAACACAAAGGCCCGCUCUUCCCUGGCAUGACUCUUCGUCAGACCUCAGAGAUUCCUGGACCGAGCCAUGGGGUGCUUCAAUCAAAUCCCCAUCUAAAACUAAAUCUGCCGCAAUGCAAAAUUAAAUCCCCUGUUCUCAAUCAUAAGAAGUCUUUAUGCAGCGCUCAGAGCAUCCCCAUCCCCGUCCACAUCCCCAGCCAAUCCCGACCUCAACCUGAGUCCAUUCAGCACAGCUCUCCAGCUCGCUUUGUUACCCCCGAACCGAGUCACUCUGCAUCCGGCCACCUCAUUACAGAUCCCAGCCACAGAAGCCCUUUGCACACACACCUGCUGCUUAAUCCAAACUCCACAAAGCACCCACACAAGUCUCCGCAGUCUGCUUCCUCACAGGAAGCGGAAUUAAAAACAAAUAGAAACUUGCAGACCUCAGUGGAUGUGAGCCAUUCAAAAAUGAAUGAAAUCCAAGAGUGUAGCAAAGAAGAACCUCAUCUCGCUGGGGCCUCAGAUGUGAAGGAUGCCCCCUUGACCAAUGGACACACUCACAUUGUUAAUGGUGCCUUAAAUUCAGAGGUCCUGUCCCCUGUUACAAAUCAACCAUUUUUGAUCAACAGCCUGUCCAAAUGCAGGGUUAGGAGUUCACCAGAUAAACCUCAAAGUCCUGUACAGUUCCAGGCCAAGCCUGACCCCUACGAGUUUCCCCAAAGCCCUCCAAAGCAAUCUGACCAGUCCCUUGUCCUCGUGCAGCAAUCCAGCUCACAAAGAGCCAAUGAGAAAAGACUUAAGCCUCCACCACCAACCUAUCAAGAGGCUAUAAAAGCCACUGAAAGCCACCUCUUCCCAAAGCAGCUUCAAGCACCCCUUCAGGUCGAUAUGAUUUCUGAAAAGACUCUUUCUCCUGCAUCUCGCUCUCUUUCACAUUCUCCAGUUCGACUAAACGGAAGUCACCACAACGCCUUUACAUCUGACUCUGCCUCCCUCAGCACAAAUAAUGUAACAUUCAAAUCUGAACCUCCCAUGGAUGAGUCAUCGUCAUCCAAGUCUUCAGCACAGCUGCUAGAACAUACGGGCAGUUUGAUCUCCGAGUUCUACUCUCACUCACGUUUGCACCAGAUCUCCACGUGGAGGAGUGGCUUUUCUGAGUACGUCAAUGAACUGCACAGCAAACGAAAAGGAGCAGGGGGCGCCAGCCUUCCUGGGAAAGAGCGUUUGAGGAAAUCUGCGGCCCAGCGAUCUAUAGACACUAAAGGUUCAUCAGCCCAAGUCAGUGUUAAAUCUUGUAUCCUCCAUGUGGACAUGGACUGUUUCUUUGUGUCUGUGGGGAUUCGAAACCGACCAGAUCUUAAAGGUAAGCCUGUAGCUGUGACCAGUAAUCGUGGACAGGGCAGAGGGCCUGUGAGACCAGGAGCUAACCCUCAGCUGGAGAUGGAAUACUACCAGAAAAAAUACACACAUCCACAAGCUGAGAGCGCAGAGGAUGAGAUACACACAACUCCUUCACAAGAAAGUCCUGACUCUCGUACCAAUGGAGUGGAGCAGGAUGCUGUUGCUCUCUCAAUGGCAGAGAUUGCAUCCUGCAGUUAUGAGGCCAGGCAAGCGGGCGUAAGAAACGGCAUGUUUUUUGGGAAAGCAAAACAGCUGUGCCCCGCACUGCAGUCUGUCCCAUAUGAUUUUGAGGCCUAUAAAGAGGUGGCCCUCAAUAUGUAUGAGACUCUGGCCAGUUAUACCCAUGACAUCGAGGCCCUCAGCUGCGAUGAAGUGUUGAUAGAUGGCUCUGCACUGCUAGCUGAAGUGGGCGCCAGCCCUGAAGAUCUAGCCAAAGCGGUCAGAGCAGACAUCAAGGAGAAAACGGGAUGCUGUGCUUCAGUGGGCAUGGGGUCCAACAUCCUUUUGGCUCGGCUGGCGACUCGUAAGGCCAAACCUGAUGGCCAGUAUUUCCUAAAGUCUGAAGAAGUGGACGAUUUUAUCAGGGACCUCCCGGUGACAAGCUUGCCUGGUGUUGGGCCUGUUAUGGGGAGAAAGCUGGCCCUCAUGGGUGUGCGGUCCUGUGGUGACCUCCAACAAGUUUCUCUGUCUAAGCUGCAAAAGAAGUUUGGACCCCGUACUGGACAGACUCUGUUCCGCUUCUGUAGGGGUCUAGACGACCGGCCAGUCCGCUAUGAAAAGGAAAGGAAAUCUGUCUCUGCUGAGAUGAACUACAACAUCCGCUUUACUCGGGUUGAUGAGACAGAGUGUUUCCUGACUAAUUUGUCCAUGGAAGUGCAAAAACGUUUACAAGAAGCAGGUCUGCGGGGUCGAAGAGUCACUCUGAAAGUCAUGGUUCGCAAAAUUGGAGCGCCACUUGAACCUGCUAAAUAUGGCGGCCAUGGCAUAUGUGAUCAUUUAGCCAAGACCGUGAUGCUCGCUCAGUCCACUGACAGUGGUCAGCUAAUCGCUGCUGCAGUCAUCAAGCUGUUCCACGCCAUGAAGGUAGAGGUGCAAGACUUGAGAGGAGUUGGCAUUCAGGUUCAGCUUCUUGAGGGACAUCAGUCUGCAACACAGGACUGCCGAGGCCUGAGAGGACGCUCCAUCAAAGAGAUGCUGUUAGGCCAGGGAUCGAGUGCCAGAUCUAAUAACCGAGAUGCUGCAGACGCGCUUCAGGAGAAGACUACUUCCUCUACAACAGUCCCAACAGCAAACUCCGCGCCAUAUCCUUUGUCACCUGCUGAGCCAGUACCCGGAACAAGCAAGGAACAACCAGCGUGCAGACAAACUCCAAAGCAUUCUCGGACACGUCUCAACUUAAGUAUCGAAGUCCCCUCCCCUUCACAGGUGGAUCGUUCUGUGUUGGAGGCCCUGCCUGCAGAGCUGAGAGAACAAGUGGAGCAGUCGUGGACCAGGAGAGAUGGGAGGCCAAAUAACUGCCAUUCCCCUGGUCUGCAGCUUUCCCCUCUCAUUUCUCAUCCAGCCUCUCCCCCUCGUUCUCCCCUUGCAACCGUACCUGCACUGAAUUAUCCACCUGUAGGAACGUUGGUCCUGCAGAUUCCAAACCAGCCAGAAAGUCCAGGAAUUGUACUGGAACUGCCUAACUUUUCACAGGUCGAUCCAGAUGUGUUUGCUGCCCUUCCCAAAGAACUACAGGAGGAGCUGAAGGCUGCCUACAGCCGUGCAACCGGUGUCCACCCUCAGGUGAAAAUGUUGGAGCAGAAGAAUCCACUGCUGCAGCUAAAACAGUCCGGGGCAGGAAUCGGCAGUGGCCGUGUAAAGCGUCGCUACAAGAGAAAAAAUGCAGUCAGUCCUCUUAAGAAAGGAGCUUCUCCACUCAAGAAGCGUCCAACAACAAACAGCCCAGCCAAAAGCCUGCCACCUAUUGGAAAACCACAGGAACCAAUAAACAUUCGAAAGACUGAAAAUGGUCCCUCAACAUCAGUUUCAAAACCAGAGAUCCCACCAGCUGUGGUUAAAUUGGCUGCUCGUCCUCCUCCAGCACUGGCAGGAGCCUGUGACUUGACAGACAUUAAAACACUACUACGGGAAUGGGUUACCACCAUAACAGAACCCAUGGAGGAGGACAUCUUGCAGGUGGUGAAAUAUUGCACUGACUUAAUUGAGGACAAAGAUUUGGAGAAGUUGGAUUUGACUAUGAAAUACAUGAAAAGGCUCAUGCAGCAGUCAGUGGAGUCUGUUUGGAGUAUGGCUUUUGACUUCAUCUUAGACAACGUGCAGGUGGUUUUGCAGCAGACUUACGGCAGCACCCUGAAGAUAGCAUGAAGAACGACGGGGUGCUCUCCUCGCUACAUGCGAUCGUUGUAAACAACACUUUUUUGAUUUGUUAAUUUCACAAUAGAAAUCAUGAUGUCUAAAUUCUGACUUAUGAAAGAUACAAAUAAUGGCUACACUUUUAUGAGAAAGAGCCAUGACAGUAUUUUGAAGUAUUUUGGACAAAGCGGUUGUUUUUAUCACAGAACAAUGAUGAUAGUAGCAGCUUUUUGGAAACUCACUUUCAUUCACUCUUAUUUUCCUACGACUCAUUUUCAUAUGCAAGAUUUUAUUAAGGGCAAAAAAAGCAUUAAGGGUAUCUGUUUUUUAUAGCACUGCAAAACUUUCAGCUGGUAUUAGAUCGCAUACUCCUGUGGUGACCUGACCAUUAGUGCUGUAGAUCUGCUCCAGAGAUCUGUUUCCAGAGACAAGUCAGUUUCAUUUUGGGUUAGAGAGUCACAGAGAGUCAGAUCUGGAGAGUGGGGCAGUUGUGUUAAUGUGGCCAAAAAAAUGAUGUGAGCAGGCAGGUGAUUACACAUGCCACAGGUCAGUUUUUGUUUGUUGUUUGUUUGUUUGUUUUUGCAUGCAUCAGGAUCUUAACACUGAACCCUACAUUCACUGUGCACAUAAAUGUCCAAAAAGUUAAAAACAAGCGCACUCCUCGUAGCACUCGACGGCUUUCUGGCUCGAUCCUACCAACGAAGGCUGCUGUUAGAUCUCCGAGUCGUAGCUGGACUCUGAGACAAACAAUAACAUCCGUUCCAUCCAGGCCUGAUUUCAAAAUGUAUUUUUUGUUUUCCUUUUGGGUUUUUUCCCCAUCUUGAGCGUUAGAAUCUGGUAUGUUAAAUUCUCCUCGCUUGGAUACGUGAUCAUGUUAAAACAAAAAGUAUAUUUCAGCAGUUUUACAAACCGCUUACCUUGUAGCAUUCUUUAUACAUAAGACAUUUUCAGAAAUGAUUGGAAAAUUUUUGGGGGGAUUUUUCCCCCAUCAUUAUUUUAUCGGUGCUCUUUGCCACUAGCACUUAUCUGUGAACCAUCUACUGCUGCGUGCAGCAGUGUCGCUUUUUUUUUUUCUUGUUUCUCGUUUCUUUCCAAAAAAAGAAGUGCCAAACGCUGUUAUUAUACUGUGUAAAUAAUGUUUUAAGGAUCUUUGUCUAAAGUUUUAAAAGAAAAAAACAUGUAUGUAGAGAAAUUACCUCUUGUAUUGUUUACCGGUAGUGGAUUCUUAGUAACUGUCUCUAAAUUGUAACUCUUUAAAUGUUUCUAAAUGUUCCAACAUGGAAGUCAGAAGCUGGCCAAAGCACUUGAGGUGACGUUAACUGUUGAUUCUCAGUAGCACUCUGAUAUAGGAGGAUGUCGACAGGGGUUAUGGCAAUCAAUGAGUAGCCUAUGCAUUUCUGUUUUUUCUCACAUAACAAUGAAAUGUCCCUUCAAGACUACGUGACAUUAAAUAAAGCAUUUAGUGUUUAUGCUGAAUGUGCAUAGGAAGAGGCGAUCUGAUUUUUAACUCUGUCACCCACAGUGUCUGAUUCACACCCUCGAGACACUUUGUACAGCUUGCAGCUGUGUCGCAGUAUUUGUGUGAGGUUUGACUUUAACAGCAGAUGCAGCUGCUUGACUUGUGAUCGCACCGUGGAGGAUAAUUUGCUUGCAGUUAAAAUGCGUGUUUUAAAAGAUAAUUCUGAUAUGCAAACCAAAUCAAUCGGUCAUCUUUUGAAACUUGUUGAAAUGAAUGUAAUUUAGAAUGUGUGAUUCAAUUUCAAGACGUUGCUUCUCUUCACCUCUCACGUGUUUCCCGAGGGGAAUGGCCAGAAGUUAAAAUAAAAUAAUAAUAAUAAAUUGGCCUGUCUUGUCUAAUCUGGCUCGUGCCUGAAGACCUGAAGCUGUGAAACUUGUUUGUAAGUUUUCUAAACCUUGGUAAUAAACUGUAAAUUCUGUAUUCAUUUAUUUGUCUUUGCCUUUCUAUAAACUGGCCUUCAAAAGGACUUUCAGCUGAUAGAAUAUGGUUAUUAAAAUGA